UUCAGAACGGAAGCCUUUGUUUCAACCUAAUCAUCUAUUUUUUAAAUGGACUAGAUUAGGGCUUUCAAACUAGUGAGCAGUAGCACACUUCUUCAUAGUGAAUGAGGUACCGUGAAAAGUUGAAACUUGAAUGGCAGCUGAGGGCAUGUGGGGAGAGCAGGGCAGGGAUGGGUCACCUGCCCUGAAGGUCUUCACCAGAAGCAGCGCUCUCUUGCAUCCACCAGAAGUGGGCUUUGCCCAGGCACUGGGGUGCUCUUGUGUGGUGCCCCAGACCAGGGAGAUGAACCUGUUAACCAAAGUGUAGCUGGUUGACAAGCUGAAUGAAUGCGAGGCUGGUACUAUGGUGAUAGCUGAGGCAUCAUGGCACUCCGAGUACAAGGACAGUGCCUGGAUCUUCCUGGGAGGCCUUUCUUAUGAAUUGACUGAAGGAGAUAGCCUCUGUGUAUUCUCCCAGUACUGGGAGAUUGUUAGCAUUAGUCUCGUGCAGGACAGGAAGACAGGGAAGUCUAAAGGAUUCUUCUUUAUCUUCUAUGAGGACCAGAGGAGUACAAGUUUGACCGUUGACAAUUUUAAUGGAAUCAAGAUCAAGGGAAGAGUUAUACGAGUCAACCACAUACCUAGCUACCAUCGUCCCCCUCAGGCCUCAGAGGAUGCAGAUGAUGCCACCAGAAAGCUCUGGGAGAGGGGCUAUGGGGCUCAGAUCCCCUUGUCUAGUUCAUCUGAAAGCUUGGAUGAUGAGGCACUCUCAGAAUGGCACAAAUGGGAAAAACAGAGAAGAAAGAAGAUCAAAGUGAAUACUGAUAUACAAGUUAAAGAUGAAGAGGGACAAAUAAGCCAUGGUCCUUGCCAGCCAGAGGCCAGAUUUAAAAAAAGCAGAUGCUCUAGGCUCCCAUAAACCUACCAAGGUUAAGCUAGAGUCUACAGAGGGCACGAAGCCCUAACACCCAGCUACCCUGAGGCCGGGAUGGCUGCUGCAGGGGACAGCUUACUGCAGGGUACGGAGGGAUCUGGAGAGGGGGCUGAGGAAGGAGAACCCAGGCUCUGAGUCCACCUGCCCUUGAUCAGAGACCAGAGGAGGAAAGAGAAGAAGAGCAGGGAUUGGGACAGAGGUGAAGCUCAGAUAGAUUUUAGCUGAUAUGAAGGCACAGCCACACAUAUUCUCCAAUCCCAGUGACCACGGGCUAGACCAAGACUGCAGCCUGCUUAGAUCCUUAAAGUUUGAAAUGAAAUGUGAUAUUUAAAAUGCUAUGGGAC